CAUGUGUUUGUGUUAGUUUUAGGCUUUCGGUAAAGAUCGACGAGACUCGGUGAUGUACUAUGCGCCGUUUUACACGUUAAACAGUUCCAAACUUUACCCUCGAAUCGUAUAAUUUAACUCAUUGUUUAUCGAACAAAUCGAUAGCCUACAACUGCGGUAUAUUUAUCAGAGAGCUGUAUUUUUCCAAUCACCUCUCAACAUGGACGAGGAGGAAUCUUUUCAACCUAUAUUAACUUCUCAAGAAGAAGGCGAGCAUUUUCAAAAAUUAGAUACUAUACCUAUUGUAUCUGUUUCUCUUCUAUUUGGUGUGUCCUUAGAAAUUGUAGGAAUUCUAUUUCUGUCCGUAUGGCCCGAAGAGGAAAAUAAAUGUGAUACUUAUUUUAUAUAUUUGUACCUUCAUUGUGUUUAUUGGCUGAUAGUUAUGUUAACCGAUCAUUUGGUAAAGAGGAAGCAUUUUAAGCUACGUAUUCGAGGAUAUUUUAACUUCUAUCAGGUGACAUAUCGGAAAAUAAGGGCACCUCUUUUUAUAGUAUCAUUAUGGACAGUAUGUUAUUUAUUACUAGCUGUGAUUUUACAUCACACUCAUAAAGUUGAUUACGAACAGUAUUGUCAUGCGUCAGAGUGGUUCACUCCUCUAAAUUACAUAUUACUGUUAACUACAUUGGAAGUUGUAAUUAUUGUUCCAGUUUAUAUAUAUUACAUCAAAGCAGUUUUGAUGUUCAAUAGAUGGUGUCCACUACCCGAUGUUGCUCAAGAGGAUUGGUUAUCUUCUUUCAAUCAAAAUUCAUAUUCGGGUAGCAACGAAGUAGGUUACCAUAGUAGGGGAAUUAAUUUGGAAGAAUUACUCGAAAAACAGGCAGAUUUGAUCAAAUAUUUGAAAAUUUCCAAUGCUAAAUUGUGCAAAAGAAUACUGUUAAUGACAACGGCACGUCCCGUCCAAGAAGUGUCCGGAGAUGUGUAACUCUCGUGUAUCCCUCGUUUGUACUUAUAUAGUUUUCCUUUUUUAU